CAGGGGGACCCACAGGGACCAGGGGGAUCUGAGGUGCGGGGAGCAGUAGGCGUGAGCCAGGCCAGGCGUUUCCAGACCCGCCAGGCAAGAUUUCUCGGGUGGUGCUGCCGAGCCGGAGGAGGGGCGCGGUGAGGAGGCUAGAGGCUCUCUGGAUGAUGACCAGCCUGUUCCGUCGCGGCAGCGCUGGCGGAGGCGGUCACCACGGCGACGUGGACCACGGUGGAGACAGGGCGUCUCCCGGUGAGCUCCGCCCAGGGCGCCGGGUGAGGCGCCUGGAGUUCAGACAGGCCAUGGAGGACUUCCACUCCAUGUUCCCCAGCAUGGAGCCCCAGGUGAUCGAGAGCGUGCUGCGGGCCAACCACGGGGCGGUGGACCCCACCAUGGAGCAGCUGCUGCAGAUGAGCCUGGACGGACACCACUCAGACGACAGCUCCCUCUCAGAUGACAGCAUCCCUCCUGAGGUGCUGGAGCGGACCCUGGAGCCGGACAGCUCAGACGAGGAGCCCCCCCCGGUUUACUCCCCCCCCUCCUACGACAUGCACAUCUACGACAGGAAGUACCCUGAGCACAUCCUUCCAGCCCCACCACCCAGGUUUGACGCCCAGGCCCCGUCCAGUCAACGGCCGGUUAGCAACUACAGGAACUGGAACCCACCGUUGCUAGGCAACCUCCCUGACAACUUCCUGCGUAUCCUGCCACAGCAGCAGGACAGCCUGUCGUGCUCCCAUAGCAGUCUGACCCAGCCUUCCUCCUCCUCUUCGCUGUCGUCGGUGACGCAGGCGGCCGAGCCGGGGGUCUCCAUGGAGACGGAGCAGGAGAGGAAGCUGAGGUGGUACCUGGAGGAUGAGCAUGUGGCCCUCCUGCUGCAGAACCACGAGUUCAUGAGAGAGCUGCAGCACAACCGAGACUUCCUCAUUGCUCUGGAGAGAGGAGAUGAUCGUGUGUCUGGCUCGGGGGAAGCCUGCACCCCAGCCUCAGAUGAGGCUGUGCUGUUCAGUGACAAGCUCAAGCACAUGGGCAAAUCCACCAGGAGGAAGCUCCUGGAGCUGGUCAGAGCCUUCUCAGAGAAGACCCGCAGGAGGAAGGUCAAGAGGAGAGAUCUGAUGACGCAGCGUCCGUAUCCUGCUGGGUGCAGCUCGGUGGCACUUGACUGUGGAUCUAGAGAUUGCAGGCUGGGCACCACCACCUCUACUGCCAACCUCCUGGCUGAUGAGGAGGGGCCGCUGAACAGAGACGACAGCAAGAUCCGGAGGCCGGCCACACAGGAAGAGGAGGUGCCCCAGCAGGAAGUGUUGUCAUGUAAAACCCUGUAUGCAGACACCAAGUCUGGACCUGAGGAAGCCUUCUCACGGCACAGCGGAGCUGUCUAGGAGAACUCUGG